CGGGGCCGGGGCCGGUGCCAGGGCAGCCCGCUCCCCGCUCGGGGCCGGUCCCACAGCGCGUCCCGCCCGCGGGUGGGGCCCUGACUGCCCCCGCCCCUCCGCGCAUGCGCCGUGCGCGGACAAGAUGGCGGCGCCCGUGGAUCUGGAGCUGAAGAAGGCCUUCACGGAGCUGCAGGCCAAGGUGAUGGACACGCAGCAGAAGGUGAAGCUGGCCGACCUGCAGAUCGAGCAGCUCACCAAGACCAAGAAGCACGCGCACCUCACCGACACGGAGGUGAUGAUGCUGGUGGACGAGACCCGCAUGUACGAGGGCGUGGGGCGGAUGUUUAUUCUUCAGCCUAAAGGAGUGAUUCACAAUCAGCUCUUAGAAAAACAGAGAAUAGCCGAAGAGAAAAUUAAGGAGUUAGAGCAGAAGAAGUCGUACCUGGAGCGGAGCGUGAAGGAAGCAGAAGACAAUAUCCGGGAGAUGCUGAUGGCCCGCAGGGCACAGUAGUGGCAGCCCUGGCUGAUCCCCACUGCCCGAUCCCCCCACCUUAAUAAAACACAGCCCGUGUCUCUGGCUGC